AUGCCCACCCAUGUGAUACCACCCACCACCACCAGUGGUCAAGGGGCAACCCCUCCAAGCAAGCAGGGAAACCCACCAUCUACCGUUGUGAAGUCACCUGCCACAGUUCAAGGGAGCACCACCACAAACAACCCGCGAAACCCAUCACCCACACCCACACCCACGACAUCGACCCACCUGUCUCAGCAGGUCAGCACUUCAGCCAGGUCCAGAGCCUCAACAGCCACCCCUGGUGCAACCUCCAGCGUGACCCAGCAGAAGACCAUCUCUCCAGCCAGCUUGGGAAACUCACCAACCACCACUGCUGCAAGCCCCAUCCCCAGUAAUGUAAGCAGCCCUUCAGCCAUCUCAGGAAGUUUAGGGAGUGCUGUCACAUCCUGUCCCAGCGUGAAAGAUCAGGGAAACCAGACUUUGGACCAGUUGACCAGCACCACUGCGAGCACUACAGUCCCAACGAGCAGCCUUCCCCCUGGUCUCAAGGACUAUGGUGUUUCUUCUCCCACAUCUGUCUCCAAGCAGCCUCAUUCUUCUCACAGUUCUCCAGCCCAGGGACUGGCCUCUUCCACCAGAACUGGAAGCACCAACACUUUUGUUACCCCUUCUGAUGGAUCCGUCUCCCCCACCACUACAGGUUUACAAGCUGGCAGCACCAGCAAGGUCUUAGAGGCAACCACCACUCCAACUCUUGAAGCAGACAAAAGAAGCCAUGACACCGGAUCUGUGUCAACCAAACCUGCAAGUGCUAGCCAGAGCCCUUCCACUGCACAGCCAUCAGCCACAGCCCCGAGGAACCAGACGGCGAGCAGCAGUCCUGGCCACCAGCACCCUAACGCUUCUUUCCCAAAUCAGAUUAUCUGUAAAGAGCAGGGGCAAAUUAAGGGGAUCACCGUGUAUCUGAAAGAAGCUAAGACCUGUGAUGAGUGGAAGACCACCAGCGUCAACAUCUCGUUCUUUGAGUCCUUCUGCUCGACGGGCCAAUUCACGUUCAAUACCAGCAGGGAAACAUGCACGGUGAUGCUGACCUCCCAAGAGCCCCGCUCCCGGGAAUGGACCAUGCAGGCAAUCCUGCACUUCACUUUGGACUCUGAAAAACUCCUCGAGAAGCUGCAGCAGAAGAAGGACAAGUUAGAGGAGGUAAGCAGGUCCCUGGGCACAGCACAGCCUGUCAGCUAUCACAAAAUGGAGAGGGAGAUGAUAAUCAACGAUGAGUUCAGCACGCCCCUGAUCAUCACCAUCGUCACCCUGGCUGGCUCUCUGCUGCUGAUUGCGGCCAUCUACGGCUGCUGCCACCAGCGCUUCUCCCAAAAGAAGGACCAGCACAUCCACCCUGAUCUCCCCGGGUUUGAUGAUGGACAUGUGGCCCUGAUCUUUAAUCGCCUGACCGAGGAGCUGCAGACGAUGGAGAACGGCUACCAUGAUAACCCCACGCUGGAGGUGAUGGAGACCUCCUCCGAAAUGCAGGAGAAGAAGGUGAACCUCAACGGCGAGCUGGGGGACAGCUGGAUUGUUCCUCUCGACACCCUCAUGAAGGAGGACCUGGAGGAAGAGGAGGACACACAUUUAUAG